CUCUAAAUCUAAUUUAUCGACAAUCAUCACCUCCCCAAAACUUCUCAAACACAUAUACAGUACUUUCAUCCCACACACAAUUUCCCAUUAACCACCGUUACCUAUUUAUUUAUUUAUUUAUUAUACAAAUAAUACUUUUAUUUCCAUUAUUAUACUUAAAAACCAAUCGAACAUAAUGAAGAGUGAUGAUCAUCAGCAGCAGCAAAUUAUUUCUUUUCUUGAAAUUGCUGUAGGCCAAACUGCUGAUACUGCCAGACAGUUCUUACAGGCCACAAGCUGGAAGCUUGACGAUGCAAUUCAACUUUUUUAUGUAGGAAAUGAGGGUGCUACGGCAGCGGCAUCAUCAGCGUCUGCUCCACCGUUGGAAAAUGACGAGCUUUUGCCAGCACAAAUCACAGGAAACCUGGAAAACCAGAUUGGAUCUGAAAAUGUUGUUCAAGGUGAUGGCAGUGAAGUUCGUGCACCUCUACCAGUGAAAAGGGACGUUCUUUAUGACACUCCAAUGUUCUAUGGGUCAACAAGAUUGGGGUACAAUUCACAUGAAGCUCGUACAGUGGUUCCUUUCCGUAACUUUGAUGAGGAACUAAAACACCCCAGAGUUUGGGAAGGAGGCCAUGGUGCUAGUACCGCCGAUGCGUCUAAUCUUGCUUCCUUGUAUCGUCCCCCUUUUGCUUUGAUGUUCCAUGGUCCCUUUCAGAAGGCAAAAGAAGCUGCUAAAAGCCAAAACCGAUGGGUUCUAGUGAACUUGCAAUCUACCAGGGAAUUUAGCUCCCACAUGCUUAACCGCGAUACAUGGGCCAAUGAAGCUGUUGCUCAAACGAUCUCAUCCAAUUUCAUCUUUUGGCAGGUGUUUGAUGAUACAGAAGAGGGCAGCAAGAUAAAAACAUACUACAGAUUGGAUUCCGCCCCUGUAACUCUUGUCAUUGACCCUGUCACGGGUCAAAAGAUGCGCUUAUGGCGUGGAAUGAUUCAACCAGAAAAUCUAUUGGAGGAUCUGUUGCAAUUCAUGGAUGGUAGCCCCAAUGAUCACCACUUCAGCUUGUCUCACAAACGUCCAAGAGAAACUUAUGAAGCUCCCCCUCCCAAAGUCCAAGCAAUGUCAGAGGUUGCAAAUCAAACUAGUGAAGAAGAUGAAGAGAUGCAGAUGGCACAAGCGUUAUCUAUGGGGACAAUGAAAAAUACCGUUGGAGAAGCCUCAAAUGACUCAGAUGCCAUAGAUGCUAAACAAGAAAUCCUCAAAUCUGAGAAGCCUACUUAUCCACCAUUGCCCGAAGAACCCAAGGUUGAUAGGAAUUUACUUUGCAGGGUUGGUGUCCGUCUUCCAGAUGGACGCAGGCUUCAGCGAAACUUUUUACGAUCGGAUCCCAUUCAAUUGUUGUGGUCCUUCUGCUAUGCAAACCUGGAGGGUAGUGAUGGAAAGCAGUUUCGACUGACUAAUGCAAUACCUGGUGCGGUGAAGGAUCUGGACUAUGACAAAAAGUCAACUUUUGACGAGUCAGGGCUCGCCAAUUCUAUGAUAUCAGUUACCUGGGAAUGAACGUGGAAUGCUCUUGAAUUGAAUAGUUUUUGGUUUCAACUUCUAGACUCUCCUUUGAUCUUUUUAGUACCUUCAAUGGAGCUUGUCGUAUUUAACGUUUCUAUCUGUUAUGUUCUCUGUCUAUGUAUAUAUGGUUAUAUAUACCAUCUGUACUUUGAUUAGUAAGAAGAUGAUGCUUUUUUUGCC